GUGGCGCCUGCUGGCAGCUCAGUGAGCCUCUGUGAGCGCAGCGCGCGGCGCGGCUACCUGCGCUCAGAUUGGGAUUAGGAUUGAUGAAGGGCUUGAAUUAGAGACGGCUGCUGGUCUCGCUGCGGGACGUUUAGGAUUUGACGCCUCAGGGGCUGCAGACGAUGCCUGUCCGGGGAUAUUCAGCCGCUUUUCUUCCUGUGUCUCUGAGGGUAUUGCUUCUUGUGCUCGCAGGGUCUCCGGUCCAAAGCCAGGAGGAUUCUCAAUCCGACAACAAAGUGAUGGACAACAUCACCGCCCGGCAAGGAGAGACGGUCUUCCUCAGGUGUGAACAGGAGGACGUUGUGACACACGCAGCAUGGCUGAACCGCUCCAGUAUACUUUACGCCGGCGAGGACAAAUGGUCGGUUGACCCCAGAGUGAGUCUGGUGACCCUGAACCAAGAGGAGUUCACCAUUAAGAUCGAAAACGUGGACAUGGCAGAUGAAGGACAGUACGUGUGUGCAGUCCAGACCAGCAGACGGCCCAGAACAACUUCAGUUCAUGUUUUAGUCCAAGUGCCUCCAAAAAUCAUCAAUCUUUCGAGGGAUCUUGUGGUGAAUGAAGGAUCUAAUGUGACCCUGCUGUGCCAAGCCGGCGGGAAACCGGAACCUUCCAUCAGCUGGAAGUUUAUCUCCAGUCCAGGUGAGGCUUUGGUCCUGCUCAUCAUUACUGCUGGAA